AAACAGCAGCUAGACCACCAUGGGACUGUUUAAACACCUCGUGAAUGGCCUGUCCAAGGAACUGCACAACCACCACCAAAAACCCCAGAAUGAGCAGCUACCGUCGGCGGGCUCUCCCGACCAACCACCACCAUUGUACGCGGAAAGCGAUGCUUUUGCACCUCCUCCAAUUCCAAAACGAGACUACAUGACUUCGGACUACACAAAAUCAGAAUACAAAGAUGAGAAGAAAAGUAUUGCGAAUCCGGCGUCUCGCAACCCAGUGCCACCUCAAUUAGCGUCCUACGUUGUUUCUCAAGGGAUUUUCGACUCUCCAAUUUCUACGGCUCCUCCAGUAGGGUCCAUCCAAACUACCAGCGUUCAUCCAGUGCCAUUGCCAAGCUUUUAUGAUCAGCCAGGUCCAAUUGAAACGAAUAAUUUUUAUGGGAACUUUCUUGUAGAAGACCAAAACUUACCUGUGUGGACACAUCCUUAUAGUGUGUGGAAAUCCACUGACGAUCAAUUCAAAGGACUGGGGAUUUCGCACACAGAAGCAUCGCAGAGAGUUUACGGGGAUGACCCCCUUUCCAAUCCGGUAAAGUAUUUUUUUAAUCCCGUUGGAAUUUGUUCAAUGAUGCUUAGUGCUGAAGAGUUCCAAUCACAGGAUUUUGAUUUUCGAGUUGGUGAUUUACAGAGGUUCAGCGCAGGUGUCAAGUUGAUUGCCAAAACUGGAGGAGAGCUUCACGUGAACGUUGUCCAAGGCAUGGGAUUUAUCACCGGUAUUUAUGAUGGCAGGAUUACCCCAAGAUUGGCUUCUAAAGUCGGCAUUCAAAACCUCUCUCUGUCAGGCUCCUUGUCUAAUGGAAUACAGAAAUAUCUUUUGAAAUUGUUUGAUAAUACCGAAUGGGUAGUGUAUUCGAAUGCAUCGUUUAGCCAACAAUCAGCAAAUUCUGUUAUAGCUCAACCAUACAAUGGUCAGAUCAUUGUUCAAAUAGCCAAAUUGUGCGGAGAAAAGUCACAGCAAUACUACGACGAAGCUGCUGGCUCAUAUGUAACCGGUUGCACCUUGAGCGGAGAUUCGAAAAAUGGAUCAUGCUCGUACAGUUUCAAUUAUGCCAUUGCUGGCUCAUCCCGCUCUAAAAAGGUGCUUCAAUGGUUUCUUCCUCAUCAAAUCAACUCCAUGGAUCAGAGCAUGCGUUCUUCUCUGGCAGAUGGACUCUCCCUUGAUUCCACAUGUAAGGGUUCUAUGUCUGCAUUCCUUAUCCAGAAGUUCAUAAUGGUGGAACAGUUACCGCCGGAAGAACUCAAAUUUGAUCCAUGGUCUGAUGUGAAUGGUGUCAAGGGCUACUCAGAUAACGCCAAGUCUGUCCUAAGCAAAGUCGCACAAGAGGAAAUUCAGUCAUUUGAUGUGGUCAACGAGUCAGACACCGACUCAAUGUAUACAGCAGGGAAAAUACUGGACAAAGGAGCUUUCAUACUUUAUGUGGCUGCCUUUGUAUUACAGGAUGACGAUCUCACUUUGGCAAUGCUUGGAAAAAUGAAACAAGCCUUUUCGAGGUUCAUUGAAAAUAGACAAAAAGCACCAUUAUGUUAUGAGAAUAACUGGAAAGGUAUCGUUUCCACAUCAGGUUUGAAUGACGGUAACUUUUAUUGUGACUUUGGCAACUGUUUCUACAACGACCAUCACUUCCACUAUGGAUACCACAUUCAUGCAGCUUCAUUGGUCGCACUGGUAGAUACACAAUAUGGUGAUGGCAAUUGGGUGAACACUGCCAGACCGUGGAUUGAGACUCUUAUUAGAGAUAUCUGUAACCCAAACUCAAAAGAUAUGUACUUUCCUGUUUUCAGAUCAUUCGACUUCUUCAAUGGCCAUAGUUUCGCUAAUGGGUUAUUUGCUCAUGGUGACGGAAAGGAUGAGGAAAGUUCUAGUGAAGAUUACCACGCUUACUACGGUAUCAAGCUAUGGGCUACAGUCACCAACAACAUACAAUUACUGACCGUGGCAUCACUAAUUCUCUCCAUAGAGAAGAGAGCAAUGGACCUUUACAUGCUUUACAGGAACGACAAUAAAGUAAUGCCACCAAACUUUAUUCGUAACAAAGUUUCAGGAAUUUUGUUUGAAAACAAAGUCGACCAUGCCACCUACUUUGGUAUGAACAAGGAAUACAUCCAUGGCAUUCACAUGAUUCCUCUCACUCCGAUGAGUAACUAUAUCCGUAGCACUGACUUUGUCACAGAAGAGUGGAACGAAAUGGCAUUAGGUCCACUAGCCAGCUCCAUCGAUGGCGGCUGGAAAGGACUUCUUAUGCUAAAUUUAGCCAUUUACAAUCCACAACAAGCUUGGGAAUUUUUCAGCAAACCAGACUUCCAAAUGUCGUGGCUCGAUAACGGAAUGUCAAGAACAUGGUCUUUGGCCUACUGCGCCGGCAUGGGAGGAUGCUGAAUUUCUUUUUUUUACAUUUAUCUGUUUUCGUGAAUACAGCUCAGUACCCGUACUGAUUAUUUACUCUUCCGCCAGAUGUACUCAUUUGAUGACGGAGAUUAAUAACUCCGAGAACUCAAUCUCACGCAUAUUUGUCUAUCUUACGUAAUUCCUCACUAAAUCCGUCACGCAUAAAAGUUUGCCCUUAGACAGAAAUGAAAUUUGCUUCUGAAAUCUUUAUCUCCCGUCUUUGAGGUAUACUGGUG